AGAGUACUGAGUUUUCGAUCUUCAUAAACCCCAAAAACUAAAACCCUAUUUUUUUUCAAUCUCUCCUUGCCAUUUCUUCAAUCUUCCGCAAAAUGCAAAAAUCAAUGGCGAUUUUUACCAGAAUUCGAUCAAGAUCACUACUCCAACUCCGGAACUACUCAUCAUCUCCAUCAUCAAUCCUAAGCCCAGAUUCAAAAACAAUCUUAACCAGCAAACAGAAAACAAGGGCAGCUCUCUAUCUCCUUAAAUCCGAGAAAAACCCAGAAAAAAUCAUCGACAUUUGCAGGGCAGCUUCUAUAACCCCUGAGACUCACCUCGAUCGCGCCUGCUUUUCUCUUGCUGUUAAUAAACUCUCUGGGUUGAAUUACUUCGAGGGUAUUCGCGUUUUUAUUGAGGAACUUAAGAAACGUCCCGAUUUGCAAAACGAGCGUUUCUUUUCUCACGCUAUCGUACUAUAUGGGCAAGCUGGUAUGCUCCAAAAUGCCAUUGAUACUUUUGAGCAAAUGGAACAACUGGGUGUACAUAGGACUGUCAAAUCACUCAAUAGUUUGUUGCUUUCUUGCAUUAUAGCUAAGAAAUGUAACGAGGUUAAGAGGAUUUUUACAGAAUUUCCCAAAACAUAUAACAUUCAGCCUAAUAUUAUUACUUAUAAUACCGUGAUCAAGGCUUUUACUGAGGUGGGUGAGUCGAAUUCAAGUUAUUCCAUUGUGGCCGAGAUGGGGAGGAACAACUGUAAACCCAACGCAACAACAUUCUGUCACAUGAUUACCGGGUUUUAUAAAGAGCAGAAAACUGAAGAUGUGGGAAAAGUACUGGAGUUAAUGAAAGAACACGGAAUGAAACCGGGGCUCAGCAUGUACAACACCAGAAUCCAGAGUUUGUGUAAGUUGGGAAGGUCAUUCGAGGCUAAAGCUUUGUUAGACGGGUUGCUUGAAAGGAGAAUCAAUCCAAAUUCAAACACGUACACGAAUUUGAUCCACGGGUUCUGUAGAGAAGGGAAGCUUGAAGAUGCAAAGCAGUUAUAUAAGGGUAUGAACAACCAUGGAGUUAAACCGGACACCGAGUGCUACUUUACUCUUAUCCACUUCUUGUGCCAAGGUGGUGAUUACGAAACUGCGUUGCAGAUUGCUAAGGAGUGUAUGGAGAAGAAUUGGGUUCCAAAUUUUACCACCAUGAAAUCUCUUGUUGAAGGUCUGGUUAGCAUUUCAAAGGUUGAAGAAGCGAAGGAGCUUGUUGCCCUAAUCAAGGAGAAAUUCCCUAAACAUUCUGAUAUGUGGAAAGACACUGAAGAGAAGCUGUCACAGCCAGCAGACUAAAGUGUUGAUUGAUAUUAUAAUGAAAGAAACUUAUUCUUGUAAAAGGUGCUCUGUUUUUUUUCUGAAGCCAAGAAACUAAGCUUUUCAAAUGUCAGAUAGAUCAGAAGAAGUUGUUUUGCUUACUAAUAUUUCCUUCGAAUCUUUUCAUUCUUUGUUGACCAACUGAUGUUUAGUCGGUGAUUCGACGUUUUUGCUGUUCUGAUUAUUGUUAGGAAAGCAGCAAUAAUUAUUUUGUGAAAUCUAGCUAAGUAGCUAGGGAUCACAAACCUUCA